GAAGAUUCAGACAAAGAAGUUUCAAUGAAAGAGAUAGCAAAAUCCCAUAGAAACCUCUCAACAAGAAAACUUCAAUUCUAGAGCAAAUUACUCACCACAAACCUGAUCUGUUGUCUACUCUGUAUACUUCCUCCACAGAGACCACAAUUAAAUCUUUCAAGGAUACCCUAGUUGAUGGGACUGCGACGGAGACACCCCCACUGGUCACCUAUGACGAACUGGUUGUAGCAAACCUUUCCUUUGAAACCCAAUCACCAAUGGUGGAGGAUGGUCUACACCUUGCUUAAGCGAAAGUCCCCAAAGUUCCGAUCCCUAAAUCAAUUUGGCAACACUUAUGUGCCCCAUGGGAAAACUCUGUCAUCAUUAAACUUUUAGGAAAAUCUGUGCACUUUCAUGUGUUACACUCCCGCUUGCUUAAAGAGUGGAAAACAGAGAAUGAUUUUGAAAUUAUUAAUGUUGGUUUUGGAUACUAUAUUGUCAAGUUCUAAUCUCCUCAAGAUUACUCCAUGAUCCUAUCAGGUGGACCAUACAAACUAUUUGAUCAUUACCUAGCUGUUCAGCCUUGGGAACCGGGAUUCAAUCCAACGAGAGCCAAAGCUCCUAAGACGGCAAUCUGGGUGAAGUUGCAUGGUGUUCCCAUUGUGUGUUUCUAUGAGGUCAUAUGUCUUUAUCUGGGAAGCAAGAUAGGUAAGCCGAUUAAAGUUGAUCCAACCACCCUCCUUGCCACUCAAGGUAAGUUCGCCCAGGUGUGUAUUGAGGUUGAUCUCAGCCAACAACUGCCAUCCUCUGUGGAUCUGGAUCUGGAAGAACUGCCACAAUCUCUCAUUUUGGUUGAGAAUCUUGAAAAGUCCCCUCCAGUGAAUAACCCUAGUGCAAGGGCAAUAAUCGAACUCUCACAGACCCUAAAACCAGAAGCUGAGGAAAAUAAUAUGGCAUUUGCUCAACCCGAUUCCCAACCCAAUGUGAGCCAACCCACUUCGGACCCAACGAACCCACCUCCUGCACCCUCAAAGGACUUUGUUAAGCCUAACUCGAAAAGAAAGAAAACCAGAGACCCAAAACCUCCAAUGCAAAAACCUUAUGAACCUCCACCCACUUUUAAGAAACAACAAGAUUCCUCAAUCCAACCGCCUUUGGUUAAGCAGAUGGAUCCCACUUACAUGCCCAAUACCACUAACCAAAAGGAGUGUCCUACUCUUGCAGCUCCCACCCAACAUCAAACACUAUUGGUAAAGGCUACUAACACUAGCCAAUACCAGGUAAAAGGGGACUCUUCUGGAAAUUCACCAUAUGUAACUGGUGCACCACUUAAUGGGGAUCCUUCCACCCCAGUAGCUGGUUUACUCACUGCCUCCAAAUGAAGAUUGUUACAUGGAACAGCUGUGGAAUUUAGCAUACGCCCUUUAGAAGGGAAUGUAAAGAGUUGUUAAAAAUGCAUAAACAAAAUAUAAUUUGCUUUAUGGAAACUAAGGCUGACGAGGAAUCUCUUGGAAUUCCCUUUAUGUCACGGUUUGGCUUUGAUAAACAGUAUAAGGUUCC